GUGAAGCAUUGCACUGCGGCACGUCAUCAGAAAGCAGAAUUAUUAUUUUCAACGAAACAAAACAAAUACAGUUCCUUGGAGGAAUGGACAAGGAUACUUUUACGCUGCAGUCCAUCCGACAGGACCUCAUCGAAAACAACCUGCAGGCUAAGGCGAUAAUACAGGACAUUCUGAAUAGCCGCACCUCAAUAGCUGAACUGGAGGAGCUAAACGAAGCGGGGCGCUCUAAGCUAUCGGCCAUCAGGAGGAGUAUCGAGCGCUUAGACGAUUGGGCGAGGGACACGGCAGACGCGGCGCUGGCCAAGGAGGUGGACACCCACCGCGAUCAGUUCUCCAAGACGCUGCAAGCGUUUCGUAAAGCAAACGUAUCCACGAUGCUGGAAAUUGAGAAAGCAAACCGCGAAGAGCUGAUGGCUAUUACCGGUGAGACUGAGCUGCGCCAACGAACGACGACAAGAGCGCGGCACAACCAGGGCAGCCUAGUCUCCCAGGAAAACGAUGUUACCGAAAAAAUGCUGGCCAUAUCGCGACACCUUUCGGAGACCACCCAAAAGAGUGCCGUCACUCUGGAGACGCUGGUGGCAUCGUCACAGAAUGUGGAGGCCACCAGUGACGAACUGCAAAACACUGCUGGUAGCAUCACCAUGUCCGGCAAACUGCUCAAGAAGUACGGACGACGAGAGUGUACCGACAAGAUGCUACUAUUCUUUGCCUUCUGCCUGUUCCUAGCCUGUGUAUUCUACAUCGUUCAAAAAAGGCUCUUCUAGAGUCCUCAGAUAUGCACCUUUCCCUGCCUACCCUAAGGUUGUAGCUUUUGUUGUCUAGGAAUUAACUGUUGUAGGCUAAGCUCAUAACCAUAUGUUACAAGCACCGCUCUUUUAUUUAUAUUUAUUUAGUGAUUAACCAAGUUGUAUCUGGUUUUUAAUGUAUAAAAUACAUGCAGGAUAGAAAGAA